AUGUGUUGCAACUACUACAGCAACCCCUGUGGCUAUGGCUCCGGCUGUGGCUGUGGCUGUGGCUCUGGUUAUGGCUGUGGCUAUGGCUCCGGCUAUGGCUGUGGCUAUGGAACUGGCUACGGCUCUGGCUCUGGCUGUGUCUGUGGCUAUGGAACUGGCUAUGGCUGUGGGUUUGGCUCUCGCUGUGGCUGUGGUUAUGGAACUGGCUAUGGCUGUGGAUACGGCUCUGGCUCUGGCUACUGUGGCUACCCACCAUUUUGCUUUAGAAGAUGCUAUUCUUCCUGCUAAAACAUCACUGUCAGAGGACGAUUUACUUCUAAAAUGACACGUCUGAAGAUAAUGCUGAUUCAAGGAUUCAUACUCCAAGAUUUCUGUAUCCAAGAAUUACAUGCUUGACAGUCUUGGACCUCUAGCCUCACAUUUCUUUGAAUGAAAUCAUGGCCAUAGGAUCCAUGGUGUCAUCUGACUGUUUUCCAAAUGUUAUCUUUUGCUCCUUUAAU